CGACAAUCUUCUACUUUUCUGAUGAUAAUUUUUGGUUAUUGUCGGCUAAAAAUUGUAUAUGGCAAAAAAAAAACGCCAAGAUGCCAAGAUGCCAAGUUGCCGAACGUCAUUCUCGUUUGAAAAUAUAAAUAAAUAACUUAUAAGACCAAAAAUUUUCUCGAAUUUAAAAAAAAUACAAAAAUAUAAAAUAAGAAUCAUGAAAGACUACGUAAUAAUCUUUUACAGAAUUAUUAGUGCACUUUACUUCUUUACAUGUGUCGGCACAGAAAUUUGGUAUUUGAUAUCUUUAGGUGGAAUUGGAGAUGUUUACGACUAUUUUUAUCUUCUUGGAAAUAUAAUAUUAAUAGUGAUAUUUCUAUUUGUCAUGAGACUUGAUUGGGAAAAUCUAGAAAUAUGCUUUUGUGCUUCAUAUUAUAUUCAACUUAUAAUGCUUCUUAUAAUUUUAAUUAGGUCUAUUAUUGGUGAUUAUCCAUUUAAUUGUAAUUUUCAGGGAUCAAAUAAUGUUAAAAUCGCGUGUAAAGUAAGACUUUUCAUUGGAACGUUUUCACUUCUGAUUCCAUUACUCCCUUUUUUAGGUUAUAAAUUAUAUUUUAAAUCAAAUGGAAUUUUUAACUUUAUAAAAAGUGAUAUUCUUGUUCUAUAAAUUUAUGUAUUUUAUGUAUUUUAUGUAUGAUACACUACCCUCCCAAAAGUAUCCGGUCAACCAAUAAAGAUCAUAUUUUAUUAAUAAUAAUUAAUAUUUAGUUACUAAUUUUUCUGGGGAUCAUAUCCAUUGCACAAAAGCAAGCAUUGAUAACUCAUUAUUAAGUUCAUAUACAAAGUAAUAUAGUAACAUCUGAUCAUAAAUUCA